CUGUGUCGAAAGUGCCUGAGUCUAACAAAACAUCGUGUGAAAUCGCGUUGUGAUUGUGAAAAAGGUUCUUCUAAUUAUUCAUGCUUUACCGUUUCAAACAGUGGAAAUGUAAAAGAAGGAAGAAUUUUCUGGGAAAGGGUAUGGUAUAGUAUGAGCGACAAAAGUCGAGAAAAUGGGAGAAAGACAAGGAUUGUUUCUAGUUUUGCAGAAUAUGUCUGACGACUCGGAACAAGCUCCCCUGAGAACCUCGUCCCCGCCAUCUUCUCCCACUGAAGACUUUAAGGGACCAAGCUUUGGGGGUGUUUUUCUCAGCAAGAAGAAGAUCAUAGGUGUUGCAGUUGUUCUACUAGUUCUUGUGAUUCUGAUUAUUGUCCUGGGCGCGUUGCUAGGCCAUGCAAGAUCUAAAGAGGCAAGAGAAAGCAAGGGUGCAGGUCAGGGGGGUGAUGGCAAGGGCACGCCCAGUCCUACGCAGCCGUCCAGCCCCCUCCCUACCACCCCGGGUACGGAGGCUUGGUGGAAUGUGCGUCUUCCAAAGAACGUGGUCCCUGUGCAUUACAACGUGUACUUGAACAUCAUCCUGAAGGAGCUGCGCUUCACAGGAACAUCAGAGAUCCACUUGAACGUCACGCAAUCUACUGACCUCAUCUUGGUGCACUCUGCCAGAAUGAAUGUCACGUCAGGGUCUGUCAUGAACAAGGCUGGAGAUCAACAAGCUAUUAAAAAGAGAUUUUGGUUCGAGAAAAAUCAGUUCACUGUCUUGCAAAUGGAGACAGCUUUGGAGCCUGGUCCUUAUGUGGUCAUGCUUGGCUUCGAAGCGUUCCUAUCCGACCAGCUGAACGGCCUCUACAGGAGCCAAUACACACACAAAGAUGGCAAAAAUGUCACCAUUGCGACAACACAGUUUCAGCCGACAGACGCUCGCAAGGCGUUCCCUUGCUUGGACGAGCCCGCACUGAAAGCCACUUUUAACAUUACCAUAGAGCAUCGCCCCGACUUUAUCGCAAUCUCUAACAUGCCUAUCUGGAAAAAUGAGACACGGAAUGGAAGAACCGUGGACCAUUUUGAAAAGACCGUUGUAAUGCCAACGUACUUGUUAGCGAUGGUAGUGUGCGACUUCGGCGUCAAAGAGACUAAAUCAGCUAGGGGAGUGAUGAUGCGGUAUUAUGCCCCCCCUGAUAAAGUCGAACAGCUGAAUUACGCGGCCAGCAUCGGCAACAAGAUCUUGGAUGAUUUCGAGCACUACUAUAACAUCAGCUAUCCAUUACCCAAAGCAGACAUGAUCGCUAUCCCUGAUUUCGCCGCUGGCGCCAUGGAGAACUGGGGUCUAAUGACGUACCGCGAGACAGCUCUGCUGUGGAAAGAGGGCACCUCCUCGGAAAGCUAUAAGCAACGCGUAGCAGCUGUAAUAGCACACGAACUGGCUCAUCAGUGGUUUGGAAAUCUCGUCACAAUGGAGUGGUGGGAUGACUUGUGGCUGAAUGAAGGCUUCGCAAGCUUCGUCGAGUAUAAGGGGGUUAACAAAGUGGAGCCAACAUGGGGAAUGGAUGACCAGUUCGUCAUCACGGAUUCGGAUACGGCAUUCAGUCUCGAUGGGCUAGUGUCUUCUCAUCCAAUCAAAGUCGCUGUCAAUCAUCCGGCAGAAAUCAACGAGAUUUUUGACUCCAUCUCCUACAACAAGGGUUCUUGUAUAUUGCGAAUGCUCGAAGACUUCCUAGGUGAAAACAAAUUCAAGAAAGGUUUGACGAGAUAUCUGAAGAGACAUGCCUAUGGAAACGCCGAGACGGAUGAUCUUUGGAAAGCACUGAAAGAGGAGAGUGGGCAGGAUGUCAAGGGCGUCAUGGACACGUGGACCCUCCAAAUGGGGUACCCUGUGGUGGAUAUCAGGCGGAAGAACAGCUCCCACGUGACUGUAUCCCAGAAGCACUUCCUCUAUGACCCUAACGCUAACGUCAGUGCGUCCAAAUACAAAUCCCCGUUCAACUACCAAUGGGUCAUCCCAUUCACUUACAAAACCAAAGCCAUGCCAAGCGAAAAGAAGAUGUUAAUAAACAAAACAUCAGUUGAUUUGGAGUGGGAUAGCCAGGGCUGGAUGAAGGCAAACUUCGGCCAGCGAGGCUUUUACAGGGUUAAUUACGAUGACUCGAACUGGGAGAGUUUAGUUAAUGAGCUGGAGGCCUCGCACACGACGUUUACUGUAUCCGACCGCGCGGGAAUUUUGAAAGACGCCUUUAACUUAGCACGUGGGAAAAUGUUGAACUACACACAGGCAUUCGAAACCACGCGUUACUUGAACAAAGAGACGGAGUACGUCCCGUGGAGCGCCGCCCUGUCGGAAAUCAACUUUAUCAGUGGUCUACUCUCCCGAUCAAGUCCCGCUUAUAAGUACCUUCAGAGAUAUCUUCAGUACCAAGCUAAGAAGCAAUACGAUGCUCUUGGGUUCAAGGACGCCGGUAGCCACUUGGAAAAGUUCCAGCGAAGUUCAAUAUUGUCAAUAUUCUGCCGAAAUGGUGAGAAGAGCUGCGUCGGGAAUACUACUGAGAUGUUCAAAAAAUGGAUGGAAGAUCCAGAGAAAAAUCCGGUGCCAUCGAACUUCCGUAAUCUUGUGUACUACUAUGGCGUUGCGAAUGGCGGCGUGAGGGAAUGGGACUUCGUCUACAAACAGUUCAUGAACACUCGAGUUCAGUCAGAGGCUAUUACACUUUUGUACGCGCUUUCGGCGUCGAAAGAGACCUGGAUUAUAGGCCGUUUCUUGGAGUACUCGUUAGACCCUGCGAAGAUUCGCCCCCAAGAUGCCACACGUGUUGUACAAUACGUGGCAAACUACAACCCGAACGGCAGGCUCAUCGCGUGGGACUUUGUACGACUCAACUGGGAUACUUACAAGCAAAGAUAUGGUGGAGGCUUCUUUGCAUUUAGAAAUCUCAUUCUCGGAGUCACGAGUAGUUUCUCCACGGAGUAUGAGCUCAAUUCGCUCCUAAAAUUCAACGAGAAAAAUAAAGACCCAGGCUCCGGAGCGCGGGCCCAGGAGCAGGCCGUGGAACGAGUGAAGGCGAACAUUAAAUGGCUGGCGGAGAACGAAAAGGGCAUCGAGACCUGGAUGCACAAGUUUAUCAAGGACAACAACAUCCCUUGACCUCCCUCCCCCCCCCCCCCCCCCACAAUAGCCAUUGCUGUAGUAUCAUAUAGACUGUUAUAUUUUUUUCCCGACGUUGGCCCGUCUUCUUAACAUUUACACAUUGGUGGUAUCUGCCAUACAUUUAUUUGCCCUAACAAUCUUCCUCCCUUUUCGAUAUUUCUAUGUUUCGAAUUGUUUAAGCAGCCAGUGCAAUUGGACUAUGUACAUAUGCACUAGAACGUUUAAUAUAUUAAUUGUUCAUCAUUGUGUAUUUAGAGUAAUUAUUUGAAGUAGGUUUAUUAAUAUAUUCUUAGUAAACGAUUAGCAUAAGUUCUGUAUGUACAUGGCAUUAGUUGAAUGUUGUAAAGUACAGGCGCAUUUUCUGUAAAUCCAAUGGUUCUGGUUCUAACGUUAUGACUGGGAGAUGCCAGUCUGAUUUUCGUGUGCACAAAAUCUAAUAAAAAAAGUUAUAGCUCUAGCGGCAAACAAA